AUGCAGGACAUCGAUGAAGGUCGUUCAAGGCUGCUCAUGGCCAUGGCCAGCCAUGACGCAGAAACAGUGUCUUGUUCAGGCGCAUCUGGACACUCGCAUCGGGACAUGCAAAAGGAGCUGGACGAGUGGCGGCAGCGAAGAGCCAGGCAAGGCAAAGCUAAGGAGAGCACCUUAGAGAGAAGCUUCGCCGGAGUCACGCCGAAAAAGACGCAGAGGAGGAUUCCUCUCUCGCCGCGAUGUUCCAACGUCGACAGCUCGUCAAUAGCCGUUCAAGAGCGCGACAUGCGCAAGGAACUGCAGUGCUGGAAGGAGGCCAAAGCAAGGCAAAGCAGAGGCAAGGAAAACGGAGGGUUGAAAUCCCAGCGGCCGAGAGCCACUGACAUGCGUCGAGCGUCUAGCCCUGGUUUACCCGCGGACUCAGAAUGCUUCACGGGGAGCACGGGGAUCUGUUUGGGAGGGAGCGCUGUUGCUGCAGCCCUCGCUGCAAUGGAACCUCCCUUCCUGCUGGCACCACCACCUUCGCCCACUUUGCGCACUGCGACCUGGACCGGCUCGGACUGUCCUGGUCUGAAAGACCUGACCCUGGAACCCAGCGUGCUGCAUGCUGCGGUGCUGGCGGCAUUCUCCGUGCCGGAAGAGUUUUCCAGCCAAUCUUCAAUCCAAAGUUGCGCCACCAGCAGCACGGCUGGAGCUCCCGGCGCCAAAGAGGUGGAAUGCAAGGGUGCCCAGACAACUCUUGUGGGGCAGACUCAAAUUGGUGAGGACGAGGACAUGGGCUGCAAAGAGGAGGAGGAGGUUCUGCAUCAGGAACACCUUGCGCUUCUUGACCGUCUUGCAGAGUUACAGCAGCAAGCGCUGAGAAUCCAAGGGGAUGCGCAUGGUGAGGAGGGCGAAGUGGAGCAGGUGUUGCGUGCUCGCUUCGAGCAAGUAACCGUGGAUCUCGAGGAGCUGAAUGGGCGUCAGCGACGGCAGGAGAUGGUCAGCUGGCGACAUCGCGUUCGGCGACAUGUGGUCUCCUGGCCGGCACAGACAGCACUGGACAUGGAGGAUCACCUUAGCCGGGCGCACGACCUCUUCACUUUCUGGUUCUUCGAGAUGCGCGAACGCAUCAAGACGUUGCUGGACUCCAAAGCCUCCCAGAAGCCUGUCUCGCUGCUGUCCCCCAUUUACGAGGACUAG